AAUAAACGGAGUAACUAACUUCUAACGCGCACUGUUGUGCAGGAGUUUCGCUUCCAUCCUUCACCCCGACGCCUGUAAAGUGUAAACUGACGCACUCGACACUCCAUCGCUCCACGCCAGCCACGCCUCUACGCAGCUCACACUGCAGUUCGCCGGUGGGGCCUUCGGCUUCGGUGGUCGCCGGCCGGAUGUCCAGUCCCGGGACUUCCAGAGACUAGAGUUCCGGCCUUCCGCCUUCAGGCUUCAGCCAAUCACUCAAUCAGCCAAUCGGCGUCCAGCACAGCACUCCAACUCUCCAAGCCAUCCGUAAAGGCGUUUUCUUAAUAAAAAAUCCUGCAGGCCCUGAUCCGCAACUUGUGCUUCUCUAGAGAGAGAGAGAGAGAGAUUGUGUCCGUAUGAGCAGGUAAUUGUGGAGAAAUGAAGGGGAUGGGAAAUGGGGAUCUGUUCAAAUCGACGACACUGAUAAAAAUUGCGGCCUUGACAUUCUUAGCAUUCACAUUCUUCUACUUCGGCAAGCACUGGUCUGGCGGCCAGCAACAACCGCUCGUUUUCUUCAAUUCCCGCCAAGAUACUCUUCCUUCCACUGCUGCUAAUGCAGGUGCAGCCGUUUCGCUCUCCCGUAAUGUCAACAAAACAUUCGAUUUGUCGUCUGUCCUAAACGACACAGUUUCAGGAAGCACUCAGCAACCCAAAGAAGAAGAGAAUCAGGAACAGAAGCCGGAUGCAUCUCCGCCUCCUCCACUACCACCACCUCCAUCGUUUCAGAGAAUGGGAGUGGUGGACGAGAACGGAGUCAUGAUGGAGAAUUUUGAGGUGGGCCUGUUUGAUGCUGACGUAGUAGACAAUUGGGCGCAAGGGAAUGAGACGGAUGGAGAAGAAGCAGAGGAAGGUAGGAGUGUUAGGGUUAGUAAGUUCGCAUUGUGCUCGAAUAGCUUCAGGGAAUACAUACCUUGCCUAGACAAUUUUGAGGCUAUUAAGAAAUUAAAAUCAACUGAGAAAGGGGAGAAGUUUGAACGCCAUUGUCCUGACAAAGACAAGGGGUUGAAUUGCUUGGUUCCUGCCCCUAGAGGUUACCGAGCACCAAUUCCUUGGCCUAGAAGUCGUGAUGAGGUUUGGUUCAGCAAUGUUCCACAUGCUCGCUUAGUUGAAGAUAAAGGAGGCCAAAAUUGGAUAACAAUAGACAAGGAUAAGUUCAAGUUUCCUGGAGGUGGCACUCAAUUCAUUCACGGGGCAGAUCAGUACUUGAAUCAGAUUGAAGAGAUGGUACCUGAAAUUGCAUUUGGCCACCAUACACGUGUCGCUUUGGAUAUUGGCUGUGGUGUUGCAAGCUUUGGUGCAUAUCUACUAUCACGCAAUGUUCUCACCCUCUCAAUUGCUCCAAAAGAUGUCCAUGAAAAUCAGAUUCAGUUUGCACUUGAGCGGGGGGUACCUGCUAUGGUGGCUGCUUUUGCAACAAGGCGUCUAUUAUAUCCCAGUCAGGCAUUUGAGUUGAUUCAUUGUUCAAGGUGCAGGAUUAAUUGGACUCGCGAUGAUGGUAUUUUGUUACUUGAGGUCAACCGGAUGCUUCGUGCAGGAGGCUAUUUUGUUUGGGCUGCACAGCCUGUGUACAAACAUGAACCAAACUUAGAAGAGCAAUGGGAAGAGAUGGUUAAUCUCACAAACAAUCUUUGCUGGAGACUUGUAAAGAAGGAGGGGUAUAUUGCAAUAUGGCAGAAGCCCUUAAACAACAGCUGCUAUUUAAACCGAGUGCAAGGGAGCCAUCCACCAUUAUGUGAACCUGAUGAUGAUCCAGACAAUGUCUGGUAUGUUGAUAUGAAAGCUUGCAUAACACGCCUGCCAGAGGAUGGAUAUGGUGCAAAUGUCACGAAUUGGCCAGCACGUCUUAAAGAUCCCCCAGACAGGCUUCAAAGCAUAAAAUUUGAUGCUUACAUAUCAAGAAAAGAGCUGUUCAGGGCAGAACUGAAAUAUUGGGUUGAAAUAAUUGAGGGCUAUGUCCGUGCAAUGCAUUGGAAGAAAUUCAAACUUAGGAAUGUGCUGGACAUGAGAGCUGGUUUUGGUGGAUUUGCUGCUGCAUUGAUUGAUUUCAAGUUUGAUUGUUGGGUUCUCAAUGUGGUUCCAGUGAGUGGGCCAAACACUUUACCCGUUAUAUAUGACCGUGGACUUAUAGGCGUUUUGCAUGAUUGGUGUGAACCAUUUGAUACAUACCCAAGAACAUACGAUUUCUUGCAUGCUAAUGGGCUCUUUUCCAUUGAGCGAAAAAGAUGCAAAAUAUCAACAAUCAUGCUAGAGAUGGAUCGAAUAUUGAGGCCUGGUGGGCGAGCAUAUAUUCGUGACUCUGUGGCAGUUAUGGAUGAACUUGAGGAGGUUGGCAAAGCAAUGGGCUGGCAUGUUACAUUACGAGACACAUCAGAAGGCCCUCAUGCAAACUACAGGAUCUUGACAUGUGAGAAACGUCUCCUGCGAUCCUGAAGUAGAUUGCAGUAAAGCAUAAUGGUUAUUACAGUCAUUGGGACAAUUACUGUAUUGAAGAAGUAUAAAGAAACUAACCAUCCAACCCCUAUUACCAAUUUCUUUCUCAUUGAUUACUAGGUCGUCGACUGUGGUUUUCAUGUUCAUGUGGUGCAUUGCCUGGCUGCAUCAACAUUCCAUCCACCGUGGAUGAUCCACGUAAUCGUUUUACAUUGAUUUUUUAGUGCAACGUGUAAAGAGUCUAAAGAUUAUGUCUUGAAUUCUUUUCUGUAUCUAGUUACCUAAGCCAAAAAAUGAUUAGAAUUAAAGAUAAAUCCGUUCCAUAAAGGUUAGAAAAAUCAUGGGCAGUCAUCAGUGUUUACAUGAACAAGUGUUUUUUUGGUGAUACUCCAAAUCUCCAAUGUUUAUAUAAAGAUUUGGUAAUACUGC